CCUGGCUUCGCCUCACAUGCCCGCGUGGCGACAAACGCGCCCCCAACCAAAACCUCUGCGGUGGAGAGGCCGCCCCCCCGAGCGAGCCGCACGAGCCAGAGAGUCGCUCGGCCAGGCGCGCCCCGUGCAGCGGCGAAGAAGCCUUCGCGGCGGCCUCGGCUCAAGCCAUGAUGGCAUCCGGCGCCGGCUCCGUCCGGAGGGAUGUUUCUGCCCCGCCGGCGCCGAGAGGCGCGUGAGGAGCGAUGGCGCGCCAGUCGGGUAUAGCCAGGGCCCCGGGUCCCACUAAACCCAGUUCUGCCAACGCCUGAGCCAUGACCAGAUACCUCGAGUACAGCGAGCCGUUCAUCACGGACAAGGCCUUCUAUGAUCCGCCGCCGCCGCUCUUCCCGAAUGCGUGCUUCGGGCCUCCGGUGAGGUUUCAGAAGUACCUCACGGAGGACUUCGGCGGCGGGAGCUCCGUAUGUUUCGGGGGUCGUUGCGCUGCUGGCCAAGUGUGGCCCAACACGAUUAACACGGUCUUGUUCACGCUGCUCCCAUGCAUCUUCUACUUCGAGAAAGUAUUGCCCAGGGCGAAGCACUGCGAGAUUAUCUACGUCACCCAAUGCGCUCUAUCCGUGGCAAUCGUUGUCUCCUUUGUCCUCGCGGCCUUCCUGAACCCAGGAAUCGUUCCCAGAAGAAGGCAGAUCCCGGACGACAUUACCACCAGCGAGAACACAGGCAUGCCUAAUCACCGGUUCUUGCGGAUAAAUGGAUACACGGUGAAGCAGAAAUUCUGUUCGACGUGCAGGAUUUUUAGACCACCUCGAGCGAAGCAUUGUUCUCUGUGUGACAACUGUGUCUUGCGCUUCGACCACCAUUGCACGUGGCUGGGAAACUGCAUCGGACUGCACAACUACCGCGGCUUCGUUUGCCUUAUCUACAGCGCCACUGUGUUUUUGAUUGAGUGUCUUUACGUUGUGUUCACCAUUUGCUGCGAGAUGAAACUGCAGAGGAGCCCCGAUAUGCUUCAGGCGUUCUGGGAGGAGCCCGGGUUGUGCUGCUUUGCGGCAUACUGUUGGUUCAUGUUCGUCGCUGUGAUGGCCUUGUCUGUAUACCAUACAAAACUCUCUUUACAGAAUCGGACAACAAAUGAGGACCUCAACAACUAUGAGUACAACCCCUACGACUUCGGGAGCGCCAGAAAUUGUUGGCAGAUAUGCGUGCACCCCGAGCGAGUGCUCGCUGAGGGCAACGACCGGGUCGAGGCCAGCGACAAACCCUUUGGCAGCCACGUGUCCCACGACGAGUAGGCGUGGCGUCGGCGCCGGCACGCGAGCCGAGCGACGCCGAGAGCCGAGCGGCGCCAGGGCACCCUGUGCUGCAGACGGAGGUGGCGACAGGCUGCCUUCUGGCCUGGACGCCCACGGCUGGAGACGGUGGAGAGGACAGGGACGAGCAGUCCAGCCAAGAGCCACGGCGGCUCCGGGCCGGAGUCGGAGACAUGGGGAGCCACCAAGAAACAG